UGAGUUUGCGCUCAUGCCCCCAGGGCAUCGUUUUAUGUAUCCUUUAAGCCUGCCGCACACGAGAGCAAUCGGCUGAGCUAACGGUCAUUCGAGGCUGAUUGCUCUCAUGUGCGGGAGGCUUUAGGAAAACAAAUUGCUGCUCGAACUCUUUAGUCCCUUCUGUUAUUAAACUGUUACAUCUGGAAGGAGGUGUCUAAGGAACAUGGACCCAGGGUGGUGGAUAUUCAGCACUAGAGCCUCUACGUCUGUUGUAGUGCUGCUAGUCAUACACAUGAUUGACUGUUUGUACAAUGUUGUUUUCGUGGUAUGCUACAAACGAAAAGUUUCCCGAAUCUGAAUCAUUUUAACAUCGCAGGCUGUUAGAAGCUCCUCUUUGGCUGAUCAGAACCAAAGCGUUGGAUCUUUAAUCUCCUGCGUUGUUCUGAAGCAGCAUCUUAAUCAGCUCUCCUGCUUUGUUUCUAUUGCAGCUGUUAGCUAAACACGGCUAAAGAAAACCUGCUACCACUUCAGGAUCAUCCAUCAGCUGGGACUGCUUCAUCAGCAUGGACACAGAUGUUCAGCAGCUGGUGCUGGUUAAAGAAGAAGCUCCUGGUGAGGACCAGCAGGACCCAGAACACCUCCACAUAAAGGAGGAACAGGAGGAACUCUGGACCAGUCUGGAGGGAGAGCAGCUCCAUCUGAAGGAGGAGACUGAUGCUGCCAGGUUUCCAGUCACUGUAGUUACUAUAAAGAGUGAGGAUGAUGAAGAGAAACCUCUGAUCUCACAGCUUCAUCAGCAGCAACUAGAAGACAGAGAUGUUCCAGCCUGCAGCUCAGCUGGUGGAGGAGCAGAAACUAGCAGGAACCCAGGUCUGAACCCUCAUGAACAGACAUCUGAUUCUUCAGAGACUGAAGUUAGUGGAGAUGAUAAAGAGGAUGAUGAUGUGAAUCUAGACUCUGAGCUGUCAGACUCUGGGUCAGAAACGGGAGACGUUGACUGGAAUGAAAGCAGGUCUUCUGAGUCAGAUGUUAAGGCUGUCAACACAUCCUUUAGCUGCCUUGAGUGUGGUAAACAGUUUCUCCACAAGCGGUCUCUCCAGAGACACGUAGGAGUGAUAACGUAUUCAGCUAAAAGGUCUUCUGGGUCAUGUUUAAACCUUCACACAAGAGUCCACACAAGAGAGAGAGGUUUUGUUUGUGAGCCGUGUGGGCAAAGGUUUACCUGUAAGACACGUUUAAAGAGUCACAUUAGAGUCCACAAAGGACAGAAGCCUUUCGCCUGUGAACUCUGUAGACAAAGAUUUAGUCAUAAGGCAAGUUUAGAAAGUCACAUGACAGUUCACACAGGACAGAAGCCUUUUGUCUGUGAGCUCUGUGGACUAAGAUUUAGGCUAAAGACAAAUUUAAGCAAUCACAUGCAAAUCCACACAGGACAGAAGCCUUUUGCCUAUGAGGUCUUUGGACAAAGCUUUAGUCAUGAGACCCAGUUAAGCAAUUGCACGAAAGUCCUCACAGGACCAAAACCUUUUGCUUGUGAGCUCUGUGGACAAGGAUUUAGUCAUAAGACAAGUUUAAACAAUCACUUCACAGUCCACACAGGACUAAAACCUUUUGCCUGUGAGCUCUGUGGACAAACAUUUAGACAAAAGACAAAUUUAAGCAGUCACAUGAGAGUCCACACAGGACAGAAGCCUUUUGCCUGUGAGGUCUGUGGUCAAAGAUUUAAUCAGAAGACACAUUUAAACACUCACAGUAGAGUCCACACAGGACAGAAACCUUUUGCCUGUGAGCUCUGUGGACAAAGAUUUAGUCAUAAGACAACUUUAAACAGUCACAUUAGAGUGCACACUGGAGAGAAACCUUUUGACUGUGAGCUCUGUGGACAAAAAUUUAGUCAAAAGGGAAAUUUAACCAUUCACAUGCGAGUCCACAGAGGACAGAAGCCUUUUGCCUGUGAGCUUUGUGGAAAGAGAUUUAGCCAAAAGACAACUUUAAACAUUCACAUUAGAGUCCAUACAGGACAGAAGUCUUUUCCCCAGGGGGUUAUUGACACCAGUUUGUAGGAACAGCGGCUGUCAGGAACUGUUUAUGGUGGUCAGGUGUUGGUGAUCAGAUCGUUAGACUCAUAUCCUUUUUAGGGACAGAGAGCAGUGUUUUAAGUGGGCUGUGUUCAGCAGCAUCAUUACCGUCACUUCAUAAACUCCCAGUAUACCGGGACUUUGUGUACUGGUAGAUUUAUGAAAAAAUAUCUGUCUCUCCUCUAAACACCCGGCGUCUGCAGUCGUUGUCCUUCCCCUAGCGUGCCCCUCCCGUUGUGCCUGUCACGCGCUCCUUGAGGCAUAAUUUCAGAUUCAACUGAUCUGUUCUGUGGGGUACCCCAAGGCUCUGUUUUGGGUCCACGGUUGUUUCUGCUGUACAUACACCCUCUUGGGCAGAUACUUGAUUCUUUUCGUAACGUCUCCUAUCACCUAUAUGCAGAUGACAUUCAGCCGUACUGCCCCUUUAAGGAUUCUGAGUUCUACAAACUGUCUGAAUUACUAGGGUGUCUAUCAGCUACCACCAGCUGGCUAGAAGAUAACUUCCUCCAGUUAAACUCAGAAAAGACUGAAUGUCUGAUCAUGGCCCCUGAGAGCAUGCUUCCCCUGAUUAGUCUGAAACUUGGUCAUUUAUCUUCUUCCGUCAGGACAAACUUAAGGAAUUUGGGUGUUUUUGACCAACCAAUGUGUCUUGAAGGUCACUCAAAAACGUUGGUCUGAAACUGUUUUUAUCAUUUAAGAAAUAUCUCCAAACUGUGAAGGUUGGUGUCAAAACAUGAACUAGAAAGGAUUAUCCAUGCCUUUAUCUCCUCCCGUCUAGAUUACUGUAACACACUCUUCACAUGUUUUAACAAAAAGCCCUUGACCGCCUUCAGUUGGUCCAGAACUCUGCAGCGAGGCUCCUAACUGGAGCAAACAGAAGAACACACAUCACUCCUAUUCUGAUGUCUCUGCACUGGUUACCCGUUAACUUUAGAGUUCAUUUAGAGUCCUGACUAGAACCUUUAGGGCUCUACAUGGUCAAGCUCCUCCCUAUAUUACUGAACUGUUAAAGCCUUAUGCUCCAACCCGAGCCCUCAGGUCCACCCACCAGAACCUUCUAGAAGUCCCAAAGACCAGAUAUAAAAGUCGAGGUGAUCGCUCCUUCCAGAAUGUUGCACCCCGACUCUGGAAUGAUCUCCUUUACCCUUACGCAGCGUUGACAGUCUGGAACCUUAAAACACAGCUGAAGACCCUUCUAUUUAAAGCUGCUUUUAACUAAACCUUUUAUUUUCUUAAUUUUAACUCAAAUUUUCAAUCUCACCUGUUUAUGAAAUUUAAUUAUUUUAUGAGUUAAUUUAUUUCUGAUGUUAAUCUAUUUCUAUUUAGAGAGCAUUUUGAUUUUAUGACUUUAUUCUUUAUUUUGUUCAGAUCUAUGUGAAGCACUUUGUGGUUCUGUCUGUGAUGAGUGCUGCAUAAAUAAAAUGUUCUUACUAUUUUGCAUAAAAGGCGCAUCGCUGCUAUGAGGCGUGCUGUCCAUACGGCUUCGUCAUCAGCUCAGGCAGAGGAGAGAAAAAUAGUAUUAAUUAUGAUUUAUGAAAUGUAUAAACUUUUACUUCUGUCUGACGUCUGGUUCAUAGCCUUUAAACCAGUCCAUGAUAGCAAUAGUUAUUACUGGUGUACAGUGAGGAACAUAAGUAUUUGAACACCUUGCGAUUUUGCAAGUUCCGCUGAUGCGGCACAGAACCAGCUCAUUUAACCGCACCUAAACCUUAACGUUUCACUAUUUAUAACCUUCCCCUCUCCCUCAUCCUAACCUUAGCCCUCUUGCUACCUAAAACGUUACUCUCACUGUGAUCAAGCGUCUGUUUCCCAUGCAUUCUGACUGAAUUUUCAUAUUUGCCGCCCAAGAGGAACGUUAGAACAUACCAUCUGGCGAGGGGGAGGUUACACAUACCCUCUACUUUUAACCUCCACCGUGGUAGUUGAAACCUGCCCCUCGCAUUGGCUCGGUCCAAACCCGACCAAUGACGAGGCGGCUCCCGCCGUUCACUUCAUAGAGCUGAUCGACACAUCACUGUGUUCGCUAGCAAGAUGGUUAAGGUUAGGAUAGGGGUGAGGUGCAAUGAGCUUGUUUGGUGCCCUCGCUGCGGACAUCCCAUCGCGUCAGUGUAACGCUGCAUUGGGAUCUGCAGUCAGAAAAGGGAAAAAGCCCUUUUCGCACAUAAGUAACAGAACAGGGCACUUUUGGCGUCAGGGGUCUGAGGCGGAGGGUGGCUGACCAAGCGUUUGUUUUUGACGCGCUGGGAGUGAGAAUGUGUUGCAACACAAUUUAACGUCAGUCGAGGAAUCCGUCAGGGGUGUCCGGCUUCGCCACUACUUUUCAUUAUUGUAAUGGAACUUUUAGCUAUUUUCAUGAAACACAAUCCAAAUAUUCCAGCACUGAACUUGAUGGGAGCCCCAUUGAUCAUAAGUCAAUUAGCAGAUGAUACUACACUAUUUUUAAAGAACACGUCACAGGUUCCUCUCACACUAAAUGAAAUUUCAUUAUUUUCAAAGGCCUCUGGUUUGUACCUGAAUAUCAGAAAAUGUGAAUUAUUAAAUAUUCAUGACUGUGAACCCAGUAUCUCUCUUAACAUAGCUAUUAAAAGUGAAAUUAAAUAUUUGGGUAUUAUAAUCUCAAAGAAUACAAAUAAUAGAGAAAAUCUAAAUUUUGAGCAUAUUACCCAGAAAUCUAAAAAGAUCCUAAUCAGCUGGUUACAAAGAGACCUCUCCAUCUUUGGACGCGUCUUACUUACCAAAACAGAAGGUAUCGCUCGACUGAUUCAUCCAUCACAAUGCUUAUAUGUUUCCAAUAGACUAAUCAAUAAUAUAAAUCAAAGUAACUUUAAUUACAUUUGGAGAAACAAGCAACAUUAUAUUAGGAAGAAUGAUGUAGUGAAAUCAUUUGAAGAAGGAGGUUUGAAUGCGAUUGAUUUUGAAGCAAUGGAUGGUUCCAUCAAACUCAAAUGGUUGCAGUCUUUCAAAAAUAACUCAAACAGUAUUUGGUUUUAUUUCCCUAAAAUGAUUUUCGAGAAGCUUGGUGGCAUUGAAUUUCUCUUAAAGUGUGACUUUGAAAUUUCCAAAUUACCUAUUAAAUUAUCUAAUUUUCAUAAACAGUACUGGAAAAUGAUUUACAAGCAUCAUUUUUCUCCACAUACAAAUUCAGUUUGGAACAACAGAUGUAUAUUGCUAAAAAGAAAAUCCAUUUGUUAUAAG